CUCACCUCCACGCUUAGGCGGAUGUAAGUAGAUUGGCAGUCACAGCAGGGAUAGCUGAGAUGAACCCCUCUCUGUAUUAACAGGACCGUGGACCGAGGAGUGGAAAGUGGAGACUGAUAGUGAUUAUAUGUUCCACGCCAUGGCAACAAAGCAUCUGAUAAACACUGAAGAAGUCCAGCACAUCUUCUUACCUGCUGGACUUAAACCAUUGCAGAUGGGAAUGGACUGCUGUGCUGUAAAUGCACCUGGGCGGACAGCUGGUCAGGAACUGAUGUAGUGUAAACCAUCUCCACAGAUCCAGAUUCUCUCAGCAUGAGUCCAGCCAGAAAUGCAUGUGUGUUUCUCAUCCUCUUGUCAGUGGUCUACUGCCCAGCGGCACAGAGAGUGGCACGAGCCCAUGCUGAGGAGAGACUGCUGAAGACGCUUUUCACUCGUUACAACAAGUUCUCGCGGCCGGUGGCCAACACGUCCGACGUGGUGCUGGUGCACUUUGGCCUCUCCAUCGCUCAGCUAAUUGAUGUGGAUGAGAAGAAUCAAAUGAUGACCACUAAUGUCUGGGUGAAACAAGAAUGGAAUGAUUAUAAGCUCCGCUGGAAUCCAGACGAAUAUGAAAAUGUCACCUCAAUCCGCAUCCCUUCAGAAAUCAUCUGGCGGCCUGACAUAGUCCUUUAUAAUAAUGCUGAUGGAGAUUUUGCAGUGACUCACUUGACAAAAGCUCAACUUUUCUAUGAUGGGAAAAUCAAGUGGAUGCCUCCAGCAAUCUACAAAAGCUCCUGCAGCAUUGAUGUCACUUUCUUCCCAUUCGACCAGCAAAACUGCAAGAUGAAGUUUGGCUCUUGGACAUAUGACCGCGCCAAGAUCGACCUGAUAAGCAUAGCCAGUAACGUGGAUCAGAUGGAUUACUGGGAGAGUGGGGAGUGGGUGAUUGUCAACGCCGUGGGGAAGUAUAACAGCAAGAAGUACGAGUGCUGCACCGAGAUCUACCCAGACAUCACAUACUCCUUCAUCAUUCGUCGGCUGCCACUCUUCUACACAAUCAACCUCAUCAUCCCCUGCCUCCUCAUCUCCUGUCUGACCGUGCUGGUGUUCUAUCUGCCGUCCGACUGUGGUGAGAAAAUCACACUCUGCAUCUCUGUGCUGCUUUCGCUCACUGUCUUCCUGUUGCUCAUCACAGAGAUCAUCCCGUCCACAUCACUGGUCAUACCCCUCAUUGGCGAGUACCUCCUUUUCACCAUGAUCUUCGUGACGCUUUCGAUCAUCAUCACCGUCUUUGUGCUCAACGUGCACCACCGGUCACCGCGGACGCAUGGCAUGCCCCACUGGGUGCGCUGGGUCUUCCUUGACUUCGUGCCCCGCUUCCUUUUCAUGAAACGCCCGCCUGCCACGGGCAAACAGAACUGUCGCAAGCUGAUUGAAAUGAUGCACAAGACCUCCGGGGUCUCCCAGGCUGCAUGGCAGGGACAAGCCUUUCUCGCCAGCCACUUGGCCAACCCAGAGAUGCAGGACCACCAGCCCAUCUCACACCACCUACUGGAGCAGAGCAGGCAACAGGAUGAUUUCCAGACUCAAGCUGUCUUCCAGAGGUCUUCCUCCAGCCAGUGCUCCAUCCUUCAGGAGGAGUUGCACCGGCUAGGCCUCACCACAGCCUCCUCCAGCUCCCCUUCCUCUUCCUCCUCCACCCUUCCCCCACCGUUUGGGCCACUGUUUCACCACCUCCCCCUCCAUAAGGACAAAGAGGGCUGGGCAUUUCCUUCCAAGGCCCAUUCAAUGCAGCACAUGUUUGAGGAAGGUGGGAGGGACUCCCAAACCCAGAGGGCCCCAAGACACUACCAUUCCUGCAACUUCCAAUAUGACAGCCUGGGCAGGGACUGUACCACUGAUAAGAAAGGGACAGCAGAGUGCAUGGGGGAGGAAAGACCAUUCAAGCACCAUUUGCACUGUAACUCCAAUACAACCCAUGCUGGUUUACCAAAACAAGAGGCCCAGCGAGCAGCCUUGAAUCUGGUCACCACCAUGUCUCCUUCCACGCAGCAGGCAAUAGAAGGAGUGCAAUACAUUGCUGACCACCUUCGUGCAGAGGAUGCCGACUUCUCUGUGAGAGAAGACUGGAAAUAUGUAGCGAUGGUCAUAGACCGCAUUUUCCUGUGGAUGUUCAUCUUGGUAUGCAUUCUGGGAACUGUUGGACUUUUUCUACCUCCCUGGCUGGCCGGAAUGAUUUAGAACAUCAGACAGAUGCCUAAAUGAACUUAGGUCACCAUUUGUUUUUAUUUGUUUGCUUUGGUAAACUUGUUAGCAGGCAAGGUCUGAUGUUAUGGUUGUCCCUUGAGAAGUCUAGAUCAGACGAAGGAGAGCUUUUCAUAAUCUUUUCUUUUUAUGUAUAUAAAAAGAAAAGUCAUCUGGGAGCAUUUUCUAAACAGAUGGAAGAAACUAAUUAUCCAUAUGUGCUAAAGUACAGGAAAGUCAUGACAUUUUCUGCAGUUUGAAUCUUCCUUAAUAGCAUUUGAAACACUAGUUAGUAUCAUAUUAUGGGAACAUUUUCUUUUUAAAGAAUUUAAUUAUAUCUAAAAUUCACAAAAUCUCAAAGUAAUACUUAGCAAUAAUAUGAUUAGGAAAUUAAAAAUACAAUUUGGGAUUGUUAGAACUGAGAUGCAGCUGCAGGAAAAGGUUCUGAUACAAUAUACUCCAUUAUUUUGUGCGCAACUUACAUGACCAGUACCCAAGUAUAGUUUAGAUAUUAAUUAAUAUCUUACCAGAGCUGUUUGUAAUAAGUAUAAAUCUGUGUAAAAUUCAUAUCACUUUCGGUGCCUGAGAGUGGAUUUGCUUCAUGACCCCCAUACAUACAGUAGCCGCCGACAUGAGUGUGGCGCACUCUGAUACAAUCCUGCACACCACCGCCAGACCCUUUUGCCUCCGCCAUAUAAAUUACGAUUCAGUUCUAUUGUCAGUGCUCAAUAAAAUCAUUGUUUAUGGAAUGCUUGUCAGUUGGACAUUGUGGUGUGCGUGGGCAAGGAACAAAAAGUGACGGUGCCUACAUGUGGUCCGCUUUGGACUUAAGAACUAUACUGCUCAAAAAAAUUAAGAGAACACUUCAAUCAUACACUGGAUCGGUACUCUGACACUGUUCUCUCUGACUCUGACACUGGCUCUGAGCA